AACAAAUCUCUAAUAACCUUAAUAACCUAAGUUUUGAUGGUUUUGAUGAAGGUUUAGAAUUUUCCUAUUUACAUUUUUCUUGUAAUCUUUUAACAGCAUUUAUCUCCGAAAUAAGUUCGUUGGUCUAGUGUUAUCAGAAAGUGAUUUUCAACUUUUGUUCAGUCGGUUCAUCUCUCAGUUAAGAUUAAUAGUCUAGGACAAACGGUUCAGAAUGUCUUCAAAAAUUAAGAUUGGCAUCAUAGGAGGUUCAGGCUUAGAUGAGCCUGAUAUUCUUAAGAAUCGGACUCAGAAAGUAGUGUCCACUCCUUACGGAGACCCUUCAGACCAUUUGAUCGUAGGAGAUAUUGAAGGAGUUCCUGUGGUGAUUCUAGCCAGACAUGGAAUCAAACAUAAUAUUAUGCCAGGAAAUGUUAACUAUCGGGCAAAUAUGUGGGCUCUCAAAGAAGAAGGAUGUACCCAUGUUAUUGCUACGAAUGCGUGUGGUUCACUUCAAGAAGAAAUCGCUCCUGGAGACUUAGUGGUCAUCGAUAAUUUCAUUGAUAGAACCACUAAUCGAAAACAAACCUUCUAUGACGGUGAACCCAAUCAUUUGAAAGGGAUUUGCCAUUUGCCAAUGGAACCAGCCUUUUGCCAACAUACUAGAAAGGUCAUAUUAGAAACAGCCAAGAAAACUGGAGUCAAAGUCAGGGAUGGUGGCACCAUUUUAGUCAUAGAGGGCCCCAGAUUCUCGAGCAGCGCGGAGAGCAAUUUGUUUAGGAGUUGGGGAGCUCAUGUGAUUGGAAUGACUUCAGUUCCAGAGAUUGUCUUAGCUAAAGAAAUCGGCUUAUGUUAUGCGGCUAUAGCUAUGGCCACAGACUAUGAUUGCUGGAGAGACAAGGGAGAGAAAGUGACCCACAAGAACGUGUUGGAAAUAUUUCAGCAAAAUGUAAAAAAGGUGAUACAGCUGUUGCUAGCUCUUGUACCUAAAAUGGGCAAAACCGACUGGGAAGAGACUCUUCAGAAAACUAAGGAAACUGCUGAACAGAGCGUCUUUGCUGAACUACACUAAUUAUCUACCAUAUUAAAUACAUACUGUUUAAAGGAAGUUAGGAAUUGAAGUAUUCCAAGUAGGCAAUAGUUAGUAAAAUAUCCAAACAGAAUUAUACAAUUAUUUUUUAUAUGUACAGGGUACUGUUGCAAAUUUCAAUACUCCUUACUAAACUGUAUUAUAUAAUGUAUGCAAAGCGAAGCAACGUAUAAAUUGCUUCAGUAUACAGGCAAGCCAAAGAAAAGAGCAUCGAACGAGAAAAACGCUUUUGCGGCUGCCCGUAUGUUAUAUAUUUAAAUGCUUUAUUAUCAUUAAUAAAAAAUAUACCUUAUAUAGUA